UCCACAUAAUGAAUCAUUUCUGAGUGAAACUAAUGACAACUUAGCCUUUCAACAGAAAAGAAACUAGGAAAUAUACGGCUUGCACAAUUCUGUUUUGAAGGUGUGACGAAUCAUGCUGAAAAAAAUGACAGACUGAAUUUGUUUGGUGGUCUUCUUAUUUUUUCAAGGUCUUAGCUCGUUUGAGGUGGUCUCGUCGUUUGUUUAGCUGAAUAUAGCUAAACAUCCAAAAAAUCAAUGUCAUUAGGUUUCAGUAAAAAAAAAAGAAGAAAAAAAAGAAAACCUAACCAAUACUGAGUACAUUAAUGAGUUUUGUUAGUAGCACAUGUGAUGAGUAGUAUCAGCGAGUCGUUACCAUACGCAUAACUGUAAUAGACGUUGACCGUCAAGCAGGUCCAAAUUACUGUAUAUUCACAAAUCUUACAUUUUUGUUAUGUGCAAGAAUAUAUUUCUGAAAAGCUAAAUACAUACAGAAAAAGGGAAUCUGGAUGCAAAUCGUGACAGACAAGAUGCUGGAAUCUGUGCACGCGAGCGCUGCAUUCGUCUUAAACGCUGCUUUCUCUACCUGAAUAUGUGCUCAGUGCUCCAAAUCUUCAUUUUUUAGACAAUUUGAAUGUACUUCAACACAUAUUUAAGACUUUAAAAGUUUGCUGUUGUUGUUGUUGUUGUUGUUCAAAUGACAUUAAAAGCUGCGGUUAACCAGAAUGACAAAAUGCACAAGGGGAAUUCAUAUCUGGAAUUUACGUACUUAACGCGCAUGCGCUUUUACUCCUACGUAUAUUAAUGGCAGUAGUGUUUCGUUUUCAGAUGCCAUCCGAUUCGAACCACUUUACUUUGUGACAUUAUUGGUAUUAUUUGUGAUUACUAAUAGAUGGACAGCACGGUUGCAAUACCCUCCGAUAAGCAAUUGCGGUGCUAUUUGGGCUUCCUAAGCAAGUGUAUGACUGGGAAUUUGAUUCAAAGGAUGUCCAACUGUCUGUCCCGAUCCCGCACAAUCAUGGCAUAUGAAGCACAGGUCAUCACAUCCCAGCCCACGGACAUGCAGAAAGCCUCCAGGCUGAUGCAGAUUGUCCUUAAAAAAGGCCAAAAAGCAUGCAGUGCGUUCCUCAGCUGCCUUGGGAUUUGUGACCCGGUGUUGUAUGAGAAGGUUACAGGAUUUCCAGCACAAUUUAAGCAAGAGGACCAUCAACAUUUCGAGGAAAUUCCUUUUUCAGACAAAUAUCAAUUUACACCUUGUAUUAUAAACAUACAAAACUCUUCCCUGACCAACUGUAUUAUUGGGAACAACAAUAGCCAAUGCAUUACCUGUGACCAGCAUAACUUGUUCACUCAGAAUGAUGCAAACAAUGUGAAUGAGGUGGCGGACAGUCAGAGCCAUGAUCAGCGGAUCCCAGUGCAGGAUACACUAAGUGGCAACAGCAUUCACAUGGAGAGAUCCAACAUAGAGUAUGUUAUUAUAGGUGACCGUAACAGUAUGACAGUCACUGAGACCUCGGAGGAUGAGGAAGAUACAGAGAUUGAGUCUGAAGUGAUUAGUUAAAAGAUGUGAAAUAGUGGGCAGGAGUUCAGACCCACAGUUUUGGAGAGCUGCAGACUGUCAGCUCGCCUUAACAGGCCUGACCUAUGAUUGUACACUGGAAGCAUAAUAUAUGCUUAAAACUGACCAAUGCUCAGGUCUUCAGAAGGAGCCGCCAAGCACACUGAAACCUUAUCCUUUACAGUGGAUUUGUCCAAACCUGUGUGCCUUGAGGUGGCAAUGAUAUUUGAUACUGCUUUAAUUGCUACUGAACAUGACUGCUACUGAAGGUUUUAAUGGGUAUGCUAAUAUUUAUUUGCUUAACAGAAAUGUAUGAAAGUAAAUGUGUUGACUAACAAUGCAAUCAUUAUUUAUUCAGUCUUUUAUAAGCUUUCCGCAAUUAUACAUAUGUUGUUUACACAGGCUUGUGUCUGAUAUUGUGAUGGAUAUUCUCCUGAUGUUUCGAUAGUUAUUCUGUAAUAGAAGUCUAUUUCUGUA